GGGAAUCAAAUAACAGGGAGACGUCGGAUGGCUGCGCAAAUACUUGGAAUUCCGGUUCCGUCGUUAGCUAUUCCGUCAACUUUGACAAGCAGAAAGUUGUUUCUAUGAUAGGCUACAACACAGUCUCAAUAGCUUGAAUACUUAGUAAUAAACUAGAAAUGGCUUCUUCGCCACAGAAAUCACCUUCUUCUCCCAAAUCCCCGACUCCAAAAUCACCACCUUCAAGAAAAAAAGAUGACUCUUUCCUUGGAAAACUCGGGGGAACUUUGGCCAGAAGAAAAAAGGCAAAAGAAGUGUCUGAGCUCCAGGAGGAGGGGAUGAAUGCCAUCAACCUGCCCCUCAGCCCCAUCCCCUUUGAGCUGGACCCGGAGGACACCAUGCUGGAGGAGAAUGAGGUUCGCACCAUGGUUGACCCUAACUCCAGGAAUGACCCCAAACUGCAAGAACUGAUGAAGGUACUCAUAGACUGGAUCAAUGAUGUGCUGGUGGGGGAGAGAAUCAUUGUCAAAGACCUGGCUGAGGACUUAUACGAUGGGCAGGUUCUGCAGAAACUCUUUGAGAAGCUGGAGGGUGAGAGGCUGAAUGUGGCUGAGGUGACUCAGUCUGAGAUAGCCCAGAAGCAGAAGCUGCAGACGGUUCUGGAGAAGAUCAACGACACUCUGAAGGUCUCAAUCAGAAACAUCAAAUGGACCGUUGACUCCGUCCAUGCUAAAAGCAUCGUGGCCAUUCUCCAUUUAUUGGUGGCGCUGUCUCAGCACUGCCGCGCCCCCAUCCGCCUACCUGAUCAUGUGUCCAUUCAAGUUGUGGUUGUACAGAAACGGGAGGGGAUCCUGCAGUCUCGCCAGGUUCAGGAAGAGAUCACAGGGAACACGGAGGCUCUAUCAGGAAGACAUGAGCGAGAUGCGUUUGACACCUUGUUUGACCAUGCACCAGACAAGCUGAAUGUGGUGAAAAAGACGCUGAUCACCUUUGUGAACAAGCACUUGAACAAGUUGAACCUGGAGGUGUCUGAAUUGGAUACACAGUUUGCUGAUGGUGUGUACCUGGUGUUGCUGAUGGGACUGCUUGAGGGUUACUUUGUUCCUCUCGUCAACUUCUUCCUAACGCCAGAGCAUUUUGACCAAAAGGUGCACAAUGUGACCUUCUCCUUUGAGCUGAUGCAAGAUGGCGGCCUGGAGAAACCCAAGCCACGGGCAGAGGAUAUUGUGAACUGUGACCUGAAGUCUACUCUGAGGGUACUCUACAACCUCUUCACCAAAUACAGAAAUGUGGAAUAAAGAUAGGUACUUCACCGUUCAUUCAGUUAUAUCGACGUAUCUAUCAAGCAAAUGCCCUGUUUAGAUGUAUAUUUCAGGGCAAACACAAUGCAUCUAAUAGGGAGAGCACCCCUGUGUUAGCUUUGUCCUGCUGAAGGCACACUAAAACACAAGUACAGCACAGUAUGUUGUAAAGUAUUUUUAUAUGAAAAGACAUAUAUUUCAGUAUUAUUGAAGGUUAACUUAAUGAAUUAUUGAUUAUGCCAUCCUAUUGUUGAGUCAUUGUCAUGUUGAAUGGUUCUUACCCAUGUCAUUCCGGGCCUACACCGUUGAAGUCUACUUUGAUUCACUUGCAACUACAUGAAGGAUCAGAAUAUUGAUGUAUUGAAUGUAUGACAGCUGGUUUUGUGCUUAUCAAAGUAUUAAGUUCCAUCUUUUGAAAGAAACAAGAAGAUUUGAAUUGGCUCAGAAUGUUUUUCAUUGUUGUGCUUAAAGCAUUGGGACCACGUACUGUACGCACUAAAAAUAUUUUGUACUUAUCCAAAGCAUGAUGUAUGGCUGUUUUUGACUAUUUGUUUAUAAUCUAUUCAUAAAAACGGUUUGCAAAGUAAUGUUUCAGUGCAGUGUUUACUAAAACUCUACAGAAAAGCAAGACCCCAGUACAGAGUGACAGUUAAAAAAAAAAGUCAAUUGUUGAGUAUGAAUUGAAACGAUAAACCAUACCCUAUAUU